AUGGCCGACGCAACUCGGAUCGAGGCAGAAUCCCCCGAUCCGGAAAGAGGACGCCCAUCUACGCCAACGACUAACCCCGAUGCUGAUCGAUACCUGAGCAGCGAUGCUGAGGGCGACAGGAUAAAUAUCGAGCCAAAAACGGAAAAUCCGAACGGUCAAACCCAGGUCAAACUCGAUUCCGUCGAUCCCGGCAAAGUCUUCGAUGUUAAAUCUCCGAUCCAUCCGACCGAGGGUGUCGACCUACGAGAUCCGCCGGCGGAAGGAGCAGCAGCGCCUACCCCACAGAAUGCCGAGGACGAGGAUGAGAUAUAUUACCAUAAAAAUGUGAUCUCCCGGCUGAACACCUUGGAGGAAACCUUGCUGCCUUCCCCGAAAUCCCGAUCUCGACGACCGCAAAGGUCAGCAUCGAGGGUAGGAGACUCCGGGUCAGACACACCCGAGGAGGUCGAGAGGCUCCGGCAGAUUAUUUGGAAGAAGCGACAUCUCCUGAUCGGAAAAGGGAACGCCUUGCCCCCGGCGACCAAAGGUGUCGUGUGUGACAUCGAUGUCGGAAAUGCGAAACCGAUCGCACUGCGAACCCGGAAGGUGCCCACGCGAUUUCGAGAAAAAGUCGCGGAUCUGAUCAAAGGCCUCCUGGCAGCUGAGAUCAUCCGGCCCUCGACAUCACUAUGGGUCUCACCGAUCGUGAUUGUUCGCAAGAGUAACGAUGUGGAUAUCAGGUUGUGCAUCGACUACAAGUUGAUAAACAGCCUCACGAGGUUGAUCGUCUACCCUAUGCCCCUGAUCAGCGAUCUGCUAGAAGAUCUGGAUAAGGCAUUAUGGUAUUGUUCACUGGAUAUGGCCAUUGGCUUCUGGGUCGUCCCCAUGACCGAUCGGGCUCGCGAGAUCUCGGCAUUUAUCACCCCGUUUGGAUUAUUCGACUGGAACCGCAUGCCUUUUGGCCUAAAGAAUGCCCCGCCGAUUUAUCAAUGCCUUCGAUCAGGCGACGCCGGGGCGACAACGAAUGUAUUCCAGACAGGGAUCGCGGACGAUCCUGAUCGCGAGUCAGUGUUGGGACGGAGAUCAUACAUUGACGAUAUCAUGAUCGCUGUGGAGUCGUGGGAUCAAAUGUGCCAAAGGGUGGAAGAUCUGUUGGAGGCUUGUGAUAAGUGGAAUUUAUCGAUCAGUGUGACAAGGAGCUGCUGGGGAUAUCGGGGACAUCGAGUGUCGAUCGGAGGUCUGGAGGCGAAUCCAAAAGAUCUGAAAUUGACCGACCUAUCAUUCCCCGGAUCACUUCGAUCGAUGCAGUCGUUCCUGGGUAGUUUGAAUUACCACAGCCGAUUCAUUGAAGACUACGCUAUCUACGCUUCGGUGCUCUAUGAAUUACGUGAGGUGGAAUUUGCAGAACUGGAGAAACGAUCGGAUCUGAGGAAGAUCAUGGACCAGAAUGACCCGAUUGUCCGAUAUCACAGCCUACCGGAGCUGCAGUUGGUGGAACCAUUGGAUGAGAGGUGGAUCCGGGCGCAUAGGGCCUUUACUACCCUGAAAAUCAAGAUCGCGACUACCCCAAUUCUCCGCCACUUCGACAAGAUAAGAGCGCCGGUAGUUAUCGUAUAUGCCAGUGAUUGGGCGAUAUCCGCCUCGUUGACGCAAGAACACGACGAGAUCUACCAUCCGGUGGCGCUCGCAAGUCGCACCUUGAAGACGAACGAAUUGAAUUACAAUGUGACCGAAAAGAGGUGUUGGCAUUGCUGA